GGCAAUAUGGCCACCUGACAAUGUCUGCCGUAACUAGCAGACGAUAUGCAGCGCCGUACACAGGUGGUAUGCGUGGGAGGGAAAAGGGUCGCUUGUAAAUAGGUGAUCCGCUGCAGCAGCAGGGGGUGAGAGAGAGAGAGAGAGAGAGAGAGAGAGAGAGAGUGAGAGCGCGAGCCAAGUGUGCAAGCUCGUCUCGGUCGUCCGUCCGGGCUCUCACGAUGAGCAACGGCCGGUCGCAACCUGAGCAAGCCGACGAGGACAACGCCGACCGUCUCGACGACGCCGUCGAUCCCAGGGUUCAGAUUGAGCUCGAGCGCCUCAACACUGCAACUGACGACAUCAAUAAGCUUGAAGUGGACUUGGAUGAAGCAAGAGCUACUUUUAGAGAACUAUUAUGUGAGUCAACGUUUAAAAUUGACACCCUAGCUAAAAAGCUUGGCACUUGCAUAGAUAAAUCGAAACCUUAUUACGAUGCUAGGUUCAAAGCAAAAGAGGCUUUGACUGAAACUCAAAAAGCUGCAAUUAGGUUUGAAAGAGCAAAUAGUCAACAUGCAGCUGCAAAAGAAAUGGUCUACUUGGCUGAAGAAGGAUUAAGAACCGAAGGAAGGUGUUUUGACCAUGCCUGGCAGGAGAUGUUAAACCACGCUACUUCUAGAGUUAAUGAGUCAGAACACGAAAGAGCUUUAUGCGAAGUAGAACACAGGAGAACAACUGCUUUGUAUCACAAAGCAGAACACGAUGUUCAAAAGUUACAGAGAGAACUUAAGCGUGCCAUCACAAAGUCAAGUAUGGGUGCACGUCGCAGUUUGCUUCUGAUAAACAGUAUCGCCUACAGGCACAACUUGCUCAUGUUGCCAUACUACGAAAUGAAAGCUCACUUUAAUCAAGUUCUAGAAGAACAAAAAAUAAGAGUUAGUGUACUUGAAAAGUCAGUCGCAGAUGCCAAAAUGACAUACGCAGAAGCAUUAAGAAAUUUAGAGAGGAUAAGUGAUGAGAUUCAUAGAACUAGAAGAUAUGAUGGUACAAAUAAUUAUAAUAAGCAAGUAGGUGAUGCAAGGAAUCCUUCUUCCCAUCCUUCUAAAACUAAUUCAACAGACUCCAGUACUACAGAAUCGCCGGAUAGUACUGAUUAUACGAGUGACGAAUAUUUACGCCUUCCCGAAAAAAUGAGUUCUGGUAUGGAUCCUGUUCCAGCCAAGGUGGAGAAAAAUCCGUCUUCAGAAUACUUGAGUUCAGGUACAAGAAAUAUGUCGUCAACAGAGCCUAGGCGAUACAUUAAGCGAAAUAGGCCUCGCAGUAUUGCCACUACUGAUGCCAAACAUAUCAUGCCCGUUCAAAAUCAAACUAGUGCUUCUACGUCUAACUUGCCCGACAUAACGAGAGUUUUAUCACCUGUAGAAAAGAAAGUCAAAAUUCAGUCGCCUAAAAAAGAAAAAGAAAGUAAUGGCGUACACAACGGUGACGAAUGGACUGAAAUAAAUUUAAACAACUCCCCAGAAGAAGUUUAUUACAAUAACGAGACGUAUUCCGACGAGGAAGAUCAGAUUCCCUACAAACCUCUCGGGACGGAUUUGAGUCCAGAAAUCACGAACAAUACUAGUGGCACCAACGAGAAUACUAGGCGUAACAAGUUGGUGACGCAAAAAUCCUUACCUGCCAUGGCCGAAAAAAAUGAAAUUAGCUUGACUGAAGAGAAAAAAGCACAAGUUACAAGAAGUCCAUCUUUUAAAAGAAAAGGCAAACUGGACAGCUGUUUAGCUACCUGGAUAUCGCGCAAUUCAAUAGCUGGUGAAAUGAGUGCAGGAAGCUCUGCGAGCUCGAGUCGAAGGCAGUCGUUAGAUAUGCUAUGGAAUUCUGGAACAGGAGAACGCGUCAAGGAAUUGCUUAGUCAAGGAAUGAUGAUGCUUAAUAUAUCAAAUUUAACGGAGCGUCGUUCAAGUGAAUCGCGAGGAGCAGAAAAUGAAAAAGAUAAGGAUAAUAAAGUGGAAAAAACUGAAAAAAUCGAAAUGAAAGGAAAAAAGGUUCCGAGUCCAUUAGAAAAGACAAUGAAUUAUUUGAAUGCCGAAGAUGAAACGUCUGACAGUGAAAGUUUAGCCAGUGUCGAAAUGUUAACAGAAGAUCAAAUAUCUUCCCUAAUGAUGGAACCUGACAUGAAUCAAGUAUGUCAAGAAAUAUUAGGUACACCUCUAGUCGAAGUAUGCCCUCUGUUGCAACAGCUUCAACAGCAACAAUAACGAUUAGUUUAGAAAUGUUUUCAUGCCAUGCUUUGAAGAGGCAUUAAAAGAAAGUGUUCAAAGUCAUAAAAUAUGCUGUGGAUUGAAGUAUGGUACUAUACUCUGUAAGACUAUGGAUCUCUACUACUUCGUCAACUCUUCCUUUUAUUUAAAUUUCGAUUCGUACUAUUAUAAGAGAUUAGUGUUUAUGUUGAGGUAUUCAGGUAUUUUUGUGCAAUAUUUUAUCCAAAGAAUAUGCCGCGCACAUGUGGAAUGACUUCACCAUCAUUUUGGUGCUAAAUUUGAAGUCACUUUACAUGUUUACUCGCGGCAUUAUAGAAUUUUGGUUAUAAAAGUAUUUUACCAACUUUUUCUAAUUUUUUUUUUUGUUUUUCUUGUUAUUUAUUCGAGUACAUAAUAUUUUUUUCAUCUUAGGUAAAUCUGACAUUCCUAAAGAUCAUUACGCUUCUAAACUAAGGUGAUAUAAAAGUAGUUUUUGUCUAAUAUGUUUUUUGCUAUGUCACAUUUGGAAAUCUUGCUUUACUAGUCAUGUAUGGUGAAUUUUGUUUUUUUUUUUUGUAAUACAUUGUUAAGUUUGUUGAAUUUGUUGUACUGAAUUUAUAAUUUAUACAUGUAUAUGCGGUGUAUUAUGAGUUUUUAGGCUAUAAGUUGUAUAAGAUUAACUUUUUAUUAUUCAAAGAAGCAAUAUGAAUAUAAUACGUAGGUAUAGAGGUAACUACUCAUAUUAUAUUUUGUUAAAAAAAUAAGAUCAAUCAGUAUUAUUUCAUAAUAGCUUAUGGUACAUAAAUAUAGCACCACAGUUUCACAAAUUGCAAAAUUAAGAAAUUUCAACGAAAUCUAGUUGACCAUCAAGCAGAGUAGUUCCUGGACUUUCCUGUGAUGAAAUGUCAGAUUAUUGUCAUAAUAUUUUUGAUCAUCUGCAUAACGUACCAGAGACACUAGGAUUUUACAUUGUAUAAUAAUAGUAUAAAGCUUGCAAAGCUACCAUUUGUUUCAUUACAUAUUAUCAUCAUAAGUCAAAGCUAAUAUGUGUUGGUAAUGUGUAUUUUAUGAUCAAAGGAGUACAAAGUACUUCAUAAAUAAUACAUUUUUUACAAACUGUGCUAAGGGCUAAUGACGUAGGUAAAUACAUAAUAAAUGAAUAAACAAAUAAUUGCGAAUAGAUGAACUCUAGUUGCCAAUUACAAAGUUUAACAUUUUUUUUUUUGUUGUAAAAAUUUAUAUAACGAACGGUGUCGCAUAGAUAUACUAUUUAAGGAUAGUUUCAAGAUUCAAAUAAUAAAAACUAUCAAGCAUGUUGCUUUGCCAAUAGUGCUUUUGCACCAAUAGUAAUAAUAAAUAUUCUAUCAUUGUACAAAAGCGAGUAGUAUUUUUCUCGCCUUAAAGUUAGAUGCAGAUAGUCAACGAAUUAGUAAAUUUAACAAAACGUACUUAAAUUCAAAAUUAUUUGUUUUAGAAAUUAAUUCUUAUACAUAUAAAUAUUAUAUUCUCUAAAAUUAUUCAGGGUGAUGGGGAAUGAUGAAGAUGUGAUUGAAUGGUUAGGAUUUUUCUUACGCCACAUGCCUAUUAAAAAAAAAUAUUAAUGGAACAAUAAAUUUUCUUACACGAUCUUUGAGAAAGCUAUAAGAAAGCUCAAUAUUUAAAAAUAUAUCAAUUGUAAAAUAAGUUGCCCUGAGAAUUACAUACAUUUUUGAAAUAGAACGUACCAUACGAUAAUUGUGUUUGCUAUACACCUCAGUAUUAAAUUAUUAUUCGAUUUCUGAUCGCGCGAAAAUCCAACCCGAGAACGUGAUUGUUAUGGAUGAAAAAACCUAAAUGUGAAUGUAUCAUAUUGUAUAUGUAUCUGUAACUAUAAUGUAUAUACCAGGCAAAUCUUCAUUAAAAAUUCAUUUAAAAAAAA